GACUCGUGUACACUGGUAGUAAAGGGAGGACAGACAGUAACUCGUGCGCGCCAAUGAUGGGAGGAGAGAAAGUGACUCGUGCGCGCGUCGCUUUUCUUAAAGGGCCAGCGUCGUAACAAUUAAACUAAAGCACAAACAUGCAAUGGGGCUUUCCUACAAUUAGGCUCGAGCGUUUACGUCACAGCAGCACGGGAUCGUGCGAGAUUUGCGACAACGCAGCCAUUGCGGAAGCAUGUCUGCAUCACGGGAAAUUUAAACUUAACGGCAAAUAUAAUUGAACUACGAGUGCCAAAGAUGGAAAAAUGUAGGGAAAACUUGCCAGUUCGAUACAGAGACAAACUUGUUACCACGGCGAAGGACAGAUAUGUGAGCAAUUUUAAGGAUGUGAACAAUGUUGACCCUCACGAGCAAGCCGAACACAAAUGGAAUAAAGAUGUCGACAAGCUUCCACCACUACGCGAAAUGGACAUCAUGCUGUAUUUAGUGUUUGGUGUAUGUUACUACACUCAUCAGCAAUUCCGAAACUACAAAUCGCUACAAAGCUACGAACAGUUUUGCUGCGGAUGGGUGCAGGAUCUUCACAUUAUGACCAUAGCAAACGGCAACACCAUAUUUCUAGCAAAGUUAUGUCACAGGAUCGUAGAUGGAAUCUGUGGCCGAGAACCACCUCGCAGAGGGGACUACAGUACCACAUGGAACCUGGAGGAGUGGCUGGAGCUUAUCAACUCUUUAGCGGCACUCUUCCGGUUGUCGGUAGGGAACAACAGCUCUGAUGAGGAGGUGCUUGUCAGCCUGUCAGAUAUGAGCAGCAGCCACUCUGAGGCAGUGCUCAACGUGCUAAAAGCCAGACGGGAAGAGAUUCACAAUGCUCUGCUAGCAAGAACCACCUCCAUCUCCUCUGCUAUACUGCAGGACUUUGACUGGCAGCUUAAGAUGGCACUUUCAAGCGACAAGAUCUCAUCUCUUCAGACUCCCCUGUUAAAUCUUAAUCUGGAUGUUAAAGAGAAUGGAACCUUGAAGUCUAUCAUCAUGGAGAUGAAUAGAGAAGAACUUAACACACUCAUCAUUUCACUUGAGGCUGCUAAUAAGGUCGAUUGACUUCAAAUAAAAACUGGUGUGGACAUCAACUUCCGCACUUUCAAAUGAGACCAACCAGCGGCACGUGCUGCUACAGUUGAAAUGAAGAAACAAUUUUGGAACAUGGCUCCUCUUUUCACCUCCAAAGUAAAGCAGGAAAGAGAUAUGACCUGGAUCACAUCUGUGGAGUUGACCUGUUCUAUACCAAUCAAAUUAUCUGAAGCAGGUUUGCCCUUUGUCUAUCCCAGUUUGUGCACAGAAAAGGAAACCCCUGAUGAUGUUUGAAAUGAAAUAGCACUGUAGAUAAAUACAAAUAAAGGUUCUCCAUAGAAA